UCUCAUUAUUGUCGUGAAAAGUGUCAAAGUCACAAUUUCAUUUUGACAAAAGUGAAUUUCAAUUUUUGCUUGAAAGGCUGGAUUAGCUGGUCGAAGAAAUUAGUCUCACAUCGAUAAUUAAGAUGCUGUCUCCGGUCUUUGAGCACAAAAUUAGCAAUAAAAUUCUGAUCUGAUACAUUGUGGUUUGAAUGGGUCAUGAGCUUUGGACAAAAUAAACAAAAGAAUUCCUCAAUGAAUAGUAAAGAAGAAUUAAAUGAUAAAGAUGCAUGUGAUGAACCGGACCUUGAGCAACUCGAUAAUGAGUUAGUCCUGAAAAAAUCUGUUGAGGACAUACUAAGUGUAUCUCAAGAAGCUAUCGGUAACAGUAUAAGCCAAGCAUUGUCAUUCACAAGUGGAACCGUUCUACAAUCAUCGCCCAUUCCAUUGCGUCGAUCGCCAAGUCCAUCGGAGAGUCCACAAAACAGUCCGAGACAGUCGUAUGCGAAACGAGAACAUACAAAAUACGAUACACAUUUGUCGGUCAAUUACAACAUUAUAAAUGAUACAACCGAGGAUUCAAUUAGCAAAUCGAGUGAUAGUUCAAAUUUAGCGAGUAACAAUGACCUGUCGAAGGCAUCACAAAAUGAUUCAACGAAUGAACGGCCCAAAAGUGUGUCAAAAGUAUCAGAACGAGCAAAGAAGAAAUCAUGGUACAAUGUGCUCUAUCCGUCUUACAAGUCAAGGUCCGAGGAUUUCAAGAAACUGUUCAAAGAUGUGCCAGACGAUGAACGUUUAGUUGUUGAUUAUUCUUGUGCCGUACAGCGCGACAUUCUCGUACAUGGACGACUGUAUGUGUCCCAACGAUACAUGUGCUUCUAUGCGAACAUAUUCCGUUGGGAAACAUGUCUGAGCAUUAAAUGGAAAGACGUGACGGCGAUUACCAAAGAGAAAACGGCCAGAGUCAUACCGAAUGCGAUACUGAUUUGCACAACGAAUGAAAAGUAUUUUAUCACAUCGUUUGCGUCGCGUGACAAAGCCUAUCUAAUGUUGUUUCGUGUGUGGCAAAACGCUCUAAUGGAUAAGCCGAUGCAACCGCAAGAAAUGUGGCAAUGGGUUCACAACUGUUACGGUGACGAACUCGGAUUGACUAGUGACGAUGAAGACUACAUCGAUCCAUACGAAAAUCGAGAUGAUGAAAUCGCCCAGACGGGCCAAUCCAAGAUUACAGACAGCGUUUCCGAGGAUCAGUCGGAACCGCAUUCGGACAGUGUUGUUUCGUCGGUGCCUGAUCUGCGUGCCUCGAUGGACAACCCAAAGUACGAUUCGAAAGUGAACCAUCGUAAAAUCCUCAACAAAUCUUCCCGCAACAUAAUACCACCGAUAUCUGAGCACCAAGUGCCCACGGAUAUGUCCGAUUCCAGUGACUCGGAGAACGGACAAAAUAUUCCAUUCAUCAGCACCGCCGAAUGCAAUUCCAUGCACGAAGGUCGCCAAUUGGUGCACACCAUUCUGCCGAUCAACGUGGACACGUUAAUGUCGUUGCUGUUUUCAAAGUCGAAAUUUUUGGUCGAUUUUCACAACAAUCGCAAGACAACGGACAUGGUUCAUCGCGACUGGGAAUUGAAUGAGGACGGUCUCAAGACCAGAACUGUUAAUUUAACCGUUGCGCUGCAUCAGGCGGUCGGCCCGAAGUGUUCCCAUGUGACCGAAUCGCAACUGAUGCGCGAAUGUAGUGAGCCGGGUCAACUGUAUUCCAUAGACAUUACGUCCACAAAUGCGGGUAUUCCGUAUGCGGACAGUUUUUACGUUUUUAUGCACUACUGUCUUGUGAGGACAGUUGAUGAUCACACGAUGUUUUCGGUGCAUGCACAAGUUAAGUAUAAGAAAUCCGUUUGGGGUGUGGUCAAAGGAUUUAUCGAGAAGAAUACGUGGGCUGGAUUAGAAGAUUUUUACACAGCUCUAUUGAGAGCGUUACAAAGUGAAUAUUGCAUUCCGCCAGCCAAAGCGAAAGGUCGUCGUCCACGACGAGGCAUAGUUUCACUGCAACGACCGCCAGAGGAGCCGAACAGUCAAAAGCAACCGCAAACGCCUCGGUUAACCCGAUCGCAGCCAUUAGUUACUAAGCGACAGCAUGUGCCCAGAAAUCGAUGCGAAUCGUUCCAAUUAUUCGUCGCAUUUUUACUGAUCACACUGAUUGUGCUGAACGUGAUAUUAUUUUUUAAGUUGUGGACGCUGGAGGGAAAACGAGCGAAUGGCGACGAGGAAUUUCCGGACUUUUCGAAAUUGAAAAAACAGCCAUCGAAUAACGACGACUGGCUAACAUUACUGAAACAUCAAGAAGCACUUCAUUCCACCGAAACAACACAGUGGCAGCAUAUUUUACAGGCGGCCAUCGAUCUAUUGAGAAAGACCGAACAGACUCUGAAUGAAUUGUUGCAUCUGAUAGACUUGCAAGAAGUGCAACAGCAGCAGCAACAUACCGAAAAUUCAGCUUCGUCGACGAUGUCCGGUGCAUUCGUUAAGGAUCUUUGAGAGAUGUUCUUCAGGAUAAUGGUAAAAUGUUUAUAAAAUUCAUCGUUCGAGUGGUUUAAGAACAGUAAUUCUCGUCGUUCGUUUCAUCACAAAACAGCAGAAAAAAUUGGAAAUUUUUCUGUGUUUCGGUUCCUUUACAUUUUAAUCGUUUAUAGUUUGGGUUUAUGAACUGAACCGUUGUUUCAAUCGGUAGGUGUGUUCAAUGUAAUGGUCAUGGACAUUUAUAGUGAUAUUGAAUAGAGUUCUCUGUUUACGUUGUGUUUACGUUAAUUUAAAGUGUAAAAAUUAAGUUUGUUGUUCCAUAGAGCUUUUUCGUUUUUGAUUUUUUUCUUUUCUUUUCAAUUUAUUACUGUGUAAUGUUGUUGUACGAAUAGCGGAAUCAAUUAUUUAUCCAAAGUGAAACAAAAGUUUAUUGUAAUUGAGAGUAACAUUCAUCUGAAAAUUAACUUAAAAUUGUACAAACUACCAAAAUAGGAAAAUAAAAUUAAAAUUGACAAAA